AUGUCAGUGGCCACAAAACGGCGGUUCGUCCAGAACAAAUGCGACACCGAGUACCUGGAGCUGAAGGAGGGCGACAAAAUUGCGCGGAUAUGCGAAUCGCGGGGGAAUAAUUUGCACGAGGUAGAAGACGAAAACGGGGACAUCUACCUGGCGUCGAUGCCGGCCAAGUUUCGGCGGACCGUCUGGGUGCUCCGGGAUCAGUUUGUCGUCUUGCAGCCGAUCGAGGAGGGGGAUAAAGUAAAAGCCGAGAUCGAGCACGUCUUGGACGAGGACAACAUCUUGAACAUGUGGGAGCAAAAGCUGUGGCCGGCCAGAUUCGAAUCGUACGCCGUGCUGAUAACGAGGGAUUCGAAAAGGGCCGCCGCCACGACGACAAACGAGGGCGAAUCGUCGAACUGGAUCGACGAUGACAUGUUGCCGCCUAGUGACGAUUCGGAGAGCGAGGCGAGCGGAGCAUCAGGUUCUGAAGAGGAGCAUGAGGAUGAUUCGGAAGAGGUCGCGGAACCCAGCUCGGCCUCGAUGCCCCGCUACAACCCGAAUCGACAAAACGACCCCGGGCAUAAA